GCUAGGCUUCUUCCGUUGAUAGGUGGAAUUGGAGAGUUGGAAGUUUAUGUUGGUUUCCGAAAGCUGUCAGCCUGGCCGUCGAGAGGAGUCGUGUUUAUUUUUUUUAAGGUAUAUAGGUACCUACACAUUAUAAUAGCAGUGGUUGUUAGGGAGGAGAGAGUUUAUGAUAUGGAUUCUGGCAGUUAAUUCUGUAGCAAUCCAGAAUAUGAGAGCAACAUUCCGAUCGGAGUAAAGAAAGUUAAGAUGAUGGAAUUUAGAAGGGGAAGCACAAGCAGUUUACAAAGGAAGAAACCACCAUGGCUGAAACUGGAUAUACCAUUGGCAACCAAUGCAAAUGAAGAACCAACAUUUGUUCAGCCAUUUAAGCGCCAAGCAUUUUUAAGAAGUUUAAGCAUGCCGGUUGAAAACACAAGAAUAACUUCACCUCCUUAUGAACAGAAGCGGCCAUUCUUACAACGCCAAGCCUCAAUCACUCAAACCAUAAAAAGGAGCACUGCAGAGUGGUUUGGAGUAAGUAAAGACGGUGAUGCUACCCAGAAAUGGCAAAGAAAAAGCCUACUGCAUUGCAGCCAGAGAUACGGAAAGUUAAAACCUCAGGUUAUAAGAGAAAUGGACUUUCCAAGCCAAGACAAUAUAUCUUUGACUAGCACAGAAACUCCUCCACCUCUUUAUAUGGGACCAACUCAUUUCAAUAUGCAAAAGAUUAUAGAUCCAUUGGCAAGGGGACGUGCUUUCCGCAUUGUAGAAGAGAAUGAUGGCUGUAGCAUGCCACAUACACCAAUUACUCCUGGAGGAAUAUCUCUGUGUUCAUUUACCAGUUCAAGAUCUGGAUUUAACAGAUUUCCAAGGAGACGGAAAAGGGAAUCAGUGGCCAAAAUGAGUUUCCGAGCAGCAGCAGCACUUGUAAAGGGUCGUUCUGCAAAGCAAAGUACUUUACGGCAAGUUCAAAGAAGGAGCUUCACCCCAGCUAGUUUUCUGGAAGAAGAUACAAUAGAUUUUCAAGAUGAAUUGGAUACUUCAUUCUUUGCAAGGGAAGGAGCACUUCACGAAGACCUGUCAAGUUAUCCAGAUGAAGUGUUUGAAUCUCCAUCUGAAGCUGCAAUCCAGGAGACUAAUCAAUGUGCAAAAUCUGAAGAUGUAGAAGAAAAAACUGGAAGUGCCUUGGAUAAAAGUGAACUUGAAAAAAGUCAUUUAAUGCUGCCCUUAGAACGAGGAUGGCGAAAAUCAAAGGCUGGAUAUUUCAUACAGCCAAAAGUACGCCUUUGCCAAGAAGUAGUCAGUGUUGGUUCUCAGAAACGCGGACAACGUAUAACCAUCCCAGUGAAGAAAAUUUUUGCAAAAGAAAAGAGGCCAUAUGGCCUUGGCAUUGUUGGAAAACUGACGAAUAGGACAUAUCGCAAGAGAAUAGACAGCUAUGUGAAAAGACAGAUAGAAGAUAUGGAUGACCAUAGGCCCUUUUUUACAUAUUGGAUUACAGUUGUACAUUUGCUGAUAACGGUUCUGGCAGUAUGCAUUUAUGGAAUUGCUCCUGUUGGGUUUUCUCAGCAUGAAACUGUAGAAUCGGUACUAAGAAAUAGAGGUGUUUAUGAAAAUGUCAAAUAUAUACAGCAAGAAAAUUUCUGGAUUGGACCAGGUUCUGAAGCUUUAAUACACCUUGGAGCCAAAUUUUCACCAUGCAUGAGACAAGACCAGCAAGUAUACAAUUACAUUCAAAUGAAAAGAGAAAAAGAGAAACACUCAGCAUGUUGUGUAAGAAAUGACAAAUCUGGUUGCAUACAAACCUCAGAAGAAGAGUGUUCGACCACUCUUGCGGUGUGGGUGAAAUGGCCAUCUCAUUCUAGUACACCAGUGCUGGCAAAUAAAAGUGAAAGACAUUAUGGAUCUGUCUGCCACCAGGAUCCAAGAUUCUGUGAUGAACCAGCUUCGGUUCCUCCACAUGAGUGGCCUGAUGACAUCACACAAUGGCCUGUAUGCACAAAGAACAGCAAUGGAAAAUAUCCUAAUCACCUUCAUAUGGACUGUGCUAUAACAGGUAGACCCUGUUGUAUUGGAACAAAAGGAAGAUGUGAAAUAACAUCCAGGGAAUACUGUGACUUCAUGAAAGGAUACUUCCAUGAAGAGGCAACAUUGUGUUCACAGGUUCAUUGCAUGGAUGAUGUAUGUGGUCUUCUGCCAUUCCUGAAUCCAGAAGUUCCAGACCAGUUCUAUAGGUUAUGGCUCUCUCUGUUCCUGCAUGCAGGAAUCUUGCACUGCUUGGUUUCUGUCUGUUUUCAAAUGACAAUUCUUCGAGACCUGGAAAAGCUGGCUGGGUGGCAGCGAAUCUCUAUUAUUUAUAUUCUGAGUGGAAUAACCGGAAAUCUUGCAAGUGCUAUUUUCUUGCCUUACAGAGCAGAGGUUGGACCAGCCGGAUCCCAGUUUGGAAUCUUGGCAUGUCUUUUUGUGGAACUUUUCCAAAGUUGGCAAAUACUUGCAAGACCCUGGAAGGCUUUCUUUAAACUUCUUGCAGUUGUCAUUUUCCUCUUCACUUUUGGACUCCUCCCUUGGAUUGACAAUUUUGCUCAUUUUUCUGGCUUUGUUAGUGGAUUCUUUUUAUCAUUUGCAUUUCUACCAUACAUUAGUUUUGGCAAGUUUGACAUGUACCGAAAAAGAUGUCAGAUUAUUAUUUUCCUUAUAAUAUUUAUUGGGCUUUUAUCAGGUCUAGUGGUUUUAUUUUAUUUUUACCCUAUCAGGUGUGAAUUCUGUGAAUACCUGACUUGUAUUCCAUUUACAGAUAAAUUCUGUGAGAAAUAUGAUCUUGAUGCACAACUUCAUUGACAUUUGUUUUUCAUGAUUUUUUUUUUUUAACUGCUAAUGUAUCAGAAAUGUAGUAGCAUAUUUUCAGAAUAACUUCAUACCACAAUACCAACCACAAAUAUUUGGCAAAUUAUUGCUCAGAUAUAAACAGGCACAAUGAUCAGCAAUGUAUUUGUUGG